GUCCAGCUUCCGCACCGAGGGGGACUGAAAAGAACCGGAAAUAAAACACAGGGGGGAUUGUUGCGUUGCAACGCGAUGUGAAACCAGCGAUGAUCAACUUGGUGGAAAGUUGGGAGAGACGGCGGAUCAAGGGAAGCGUUUACAAAGCGCUGUUGUCUGGAGCGCGCUAAGGCGAGUUCAGUUCUACGUCCGAGCCCAAACCGCCUGUCCGCGUGCCGACCAAGUCCAACCGCAUCAUCAUGUGCGAGGUGACCAUGGAGAAGCAGGAGGCGGGGGAGAUAUCCGACAUCGACCCGCAGGAGGAGUGCUCCGCCGGGGAGGAGAACAGAGUCAUGCUGGUGGUCAAUCACAGCCGGAUCCAGCCCCCCUUCAGCGUCCUGCUGGCCACGGCGCUCUACUGCGCGGAGUUCGUCACCGCGGCGGUGCUCUGCAGCAUGUACCGCAAGACCGACGAUGUCAUCUGGCUGGGCUUCACCAUCGCCUUCAUGCUGCUGCCCGCCCUGCUCAUCCAGCUGGCGCUGACGUUCAUCCACCGGGACCUGGGUCGGGACCGGCCGCUGGUCCUCUUCCUGCACCUGCUGCUGCUCGGCCCUGUCAUUAGGUGUUUUGAGGCUCUCGUGGUCUAUUUCAAAUCGAAUAAAAAGGAGGAGCCCUAUGUCACCAUCUCCAGGAAGAUCCAUCUGACGAAGGGCCAGGGGAUCCCCAUGGAGUGGGAAAUCGGCCAAUCGGAGCGCAACCUGGCCACACACAGAAACGCCUUCAAGCGCACCGCGGUCAUCCAGGCUUUUCUGGGGUCGGCGCCUCAACUGACGCUCCAGCUGUACGCCACCAUCCAGGAGAAAUACGUACCUCCUGCCAGAUUGGCUCUGAUGAUCAUCACGCUGAUCUCCAUCACGUACGGGGCCGUCGUGUGCAGCGCUCUGGCCAUCCAGAUCAGAUACGACAACUACAAAGUGCGGUUGCGCCCUUUUGCCUACCUGUGCAUGAUCGUGUGGCGAGGGCUGGAGAUUGCCACCCGGAUCACCGCUCUGGUCCUCUUCAGCACGGCGUUGACCCACUGGGUGAUCCUUGUCGGCAUGGUCAACCUGCUCUUCUUCUUCUUCCUCCCCUGGGUGGAGUUCUGGGCCAAGAAGGGCUCGCUGACUGACGACGUGGAGAAAAACUUCUCCAAGCUGGGCACCACGGUGGUGCUGUCCAUGUUCACGUUACUCUACGCCUGCAUCAACACCUUCUGCUGGUCGGCGGUGCAGCUGGACUUCUCCCAUCGAGAGCUCAUCGAGAGGAAGCAGCGGUGGGACCGUCUGGCCAUGUACUACACGGGCCGCUUUGUAGAGAACUUCCUCCUCAUCACGCUCUGGUACUUCUUCAAGUCGGACUUCUACGAGUAUGUGUGCGCGCCGCUGCUUGCCGUCCAGCUGCUGAUCUGCUACAGCCUGGCCUUGCUCUUCAUGCUGCUCUUCUACCAGUUCUGCCACCCCUGCAGGCGUCUCUUCAAGUACAACGUGCAUGACUGCCUGCACUGCGUCUGCUUCCGUCCAGGAAGAAGGGGGGCGGGUGGCCGACGGCGAAAGCUGGCGCCCUCCUACUCCACCGCCGCCACCAUGGUGCUGGUGCCGGAGGAGCCGCUGGAGCUGCUCGACCCCCAAAACUCACGACCUCUGGACCUCACCAGUCCGCUGAGAGAGAGGGAGACGGCCAUUGUUGAUGACAUAAUGGAAGCAGCCUGAGAGAGGCUUCGCGGGGAAUCAAAUGAACAAGUUCUCUGAUGUAGAAAUGCCUCUCCGCUGCAGGCUGCACAGCAAAUCGAUGCCUCGAGUACUUUGACACAAAAGACCAGAAUGAGUGCAUUGUUUUUAAUUUUUUUUUUUUUUUAAAGUCAGCGAGAUGAUGAACUAUUUCCUCAAAGUGCACAGAACUUUCUUUACCUUACGGUUGUGGGAGGGAUUCAUGUGAACUCCUGAUGGCUUUACUGAGGGUGACGACUCGCACUCGGGGCACAGCGAGUUCUCAGUACACCAAAGAAUGCAGCAUGUCGAAAUGUGCAGCGAUGCACAAAGGCCGCCUUCAGAGAACAGCCGGGGGUCAUGUGCAAAACUGAGCCAGGUGUGCGGGAAACACGCCAAGACUUACCGGGGCACCCCCAGUUUACUUCAUUUUGGGGAACUCCCACCACAAACGCUGCCUUUUGCACACAUUUCCAUCUGCACUUAACCAACUGCAGCAGGACAAUAAUGUUUCCUCCUCGUAUCCAACUACUUAAACCUGCUGUUGAAUACCUUGUAUUGUUCACUGCUCAGUCUGGUUCCAUUGAAUUACGAAAACAGGUUUUAGUUUCACAUAAAAAAUGUGAGAAUAUGUCAACCGUUAGCGAAGACAGUGUGGAAUACCACGCGUGUCGUUAACCUCCCAGUUGAUGAUGCUUUAACCAGAUUGACAUAGCUUCUACUUUAUCAAAGUGCUUUCACAGUUUGCUAACAUUUUAUGUGUUGUCAUCGUUUGUUCUUUCAGUGCC